GGCAGGAAGACUUACAUAGUUUUAGACAUGGUGCGAGCUCCUUACUUUGACAAAAAUGGAGUAAAGAAAGGUGCAUGGAGUCAAGAAGAAGAUGAUAAGUUAAGAGAACAUAUUGAGAAAUAUGGCCUUUGGAACUGGCGUGAAAUCCCCAAGUUUGCAGGAUUAUCAAGGUGUGGCAAGAGUUGCAGACUAAGAUGGAUGAAUUAUCUCCGCCCGGAUGUAAAACAUGGCAACUACACCAAAGAAGAAGAAGAUUUAAUCCUCAAAUUACAUGAAAAACAUGGAAAUAAAUGGUCCAUAAUUGCUGCAAAAUUACCAGGAAGAACAGAUAAUGAAGUGAAAAACUACUGGCACGCCCAUCUGAAGAAGCGAACGGUGGAAAAACAAAAGACAUUGGUGUUGAAAGAGAAAUCUAGUGGUUUUACUUCUGAAAGUGAAGGCAGCCAGAUGAAUAGAGAAAUUGAAGCUAAAACUGUAGUUUCCUACACUCCCUCUAACCCAAUUUUAGAGAGCACUCCAUUAUCCCCAGAAACAUCUUGCAGUGAGCUCUCCAACUUGAGCACUGAUUUUGCUCCAAAACUUCCUGUAUCAGCUGGCACAAACAGGAAUAAUAUUGCAGAAGAUGUUCUCUCUUCAGUGCCAACAUUUGAUGAGUCCAUUGGAGAUUUUUGGACUGAGCCAUUUGUAGCAGAUAGCGCCUACGACCAAGAUAAUUUUCCAGGGCUAUCUUUUUAUCAAGAGGAGCCCUUUGUUUCAUACUAUGAUGAUGGCAUGGAUUUCUAUGAUGAAAUGAUGCAAGAACUGCCGGGGAACAAUUAGUCCUGGCCACAUGUCUGUAUACAUAUGUUGUCAAAUAUUGCACUUGUUUUCUUUA